GCCGGGCUGUGAGGAGCGGCCUCGCGCCGCCCCGCGCCAUCUUGGGCCCGCGCCGGGGGCAGCGCUCCCCCUCCCUCUGCAAGAUGGCGGCGGCCGAGUGAGUGACAUGCCCGGUCACGUGGGCGCGGAGCCCCUCUCCCCCCGCGUUACACGCUCUCCAUGGCUCAGCCGGACACACGGGCGGCGGCGGCGACGGACGGACGGACGGAUGGAGCCGCGGCGGGAGCGGGGCCGCGGCGGAGCGCGGCGCCUUCUUUGUCUGCGGCCUCGGCAAGGCGAGCGCCUUCCCCUCCCCGACCCUUCAGCGCCCUCGAUAGAGGGCUCGGCUUCUUCUUCCCUGCCAGGAGAGGCGGCAAGGGCUCCUCGCUGGGGCGGCCGGGGCGGGGGUCCUUCCGCGGCCCUUUCGCCCCCGCCGGCGACACAGCGCGACCUCGGACGAGCGGAGCUGGCUCUGGCGCGCCCCGGCCCGUGGCCGCCGGCUCUGCGGGCAGCGGGCGGGACGGCCCCGCGGGACGGCGGGAGGUCAGGGCGGGCCGGUGGCCGCCGCCUCUCCGCCCCGCACCCCCUUCCUCCGCGGCUGCCCGGGCCGGGCCGGUGGGGCCGCGCUGCGGGGAGGGGCGGCGCGGGCAGGACCUGCGCCUCGCCGGCCCCGCGGGGGUGGGCAAGGGGGGCGGCUGGGGGGAUCGGGGGGUGGAAGGUGUCUGUCUGCUGCGUUUCUGUUCCCCCCCCCCCCCCCCGUUUCUCUCCUUUCUUCCCUCCCUCCUUCCCCUCCCCGCCCCAUCUGUUACAGGCUUGCGGAACUGUAGCUGUUUGAAAUUAAACGUGAUCUUUACUGUACCAGCUGGGGUCUGUAAUGUAUCUGAUAAAUGAAGCUCUUCCCGUCGGUUUCAGGUCAUGCAAGGAAAAGGGCAAAGCUGGGGAGGGAGCUGGGCGGGGUUUCCCUUUGCUUUUCACAGUCAGGCGAGAGGAGUCUGGUUGAUGUCUGCAACAGAUAAAGGAGACGAAGAUCAUCGAAAGACCCUAGAGCCCUUUUGUCUUUCUGCUGUUUUUCCCUCUAAUUUCACGUAUCGCUGCUGUGUUGUCUGCCUGCUUGUUUCCCCCUUCAGAAGGGGUCGGGAGCACCAGGGCCCUGGCUGAGGUAGUAGUUUGUGCUGUUGGUCGGGUUGUGACAUUGCCCGCUGUGGAGAUAACUGCGCAAGCUACUGCCUUGCUAGUGCUGGUGAUGAUCAGCUGCAGAUGAAGACAAUGACAAUGGGAAUCCCCUUUGUUUUCCGAGGUUGCAUGCUGCUGAGGUGGCAACAAUUCCUUCUCCUAGUUCUGCAGGAGGAAUCUAGCCUUGGCCACAGAGACGAGUAGUGGUGUUUGACCGCAUCAGUAGGAUGCCACUUCUCUCACAGAGCUGGAUGAAAAACCAUUACUUUCACGCUGGCUGGAGGGCACCUGAAUUUCGGCUGAAGAGCAAGUGUCUGCAUUUCUUCUCAGACCUUAUUAUUCACAUGACAUCCUUGAAAGAGGUGGAUUUUCUGUUUUGUGAAGAUGGAAAUCAGUGACAGACUUGUAUUUUGUAUGUUCUAAUAUGCAAAACUUGUUUGUGUAGUAUUAAGUGCUUUUGUCUGAAUAGUAAAAAGUCUUGAAUAUUUAUCUAAGAAAAGCAAAAAUAUGUACUUACCACUUUCCUACACUGGUAAGAGUCCUUUUCGGUAUAGUUGCCAUUGUACUGCUUCGUGCUAACAGUUUUUUAGGUGAACUUCUGAGAUACCUUUCCUGUAUGUUUUGACUUACUGUGAAAAGCAAACCCAUGAAUUUGCUAUUGUGAAUUAACUGAAACUGCUAGUAUAUUUAUAGUGAUGGCUAAAGGUAUCUUUCAUAUGAAUUUUAAUGUGUUGAUCGUUAUUAUAAUGGCUUAAACUUGGAAUAUAUUAAAAUGUUUACAAUAAAUGUGCACAACUGUCUGCUAUGUUUUUAAAAAUGAAAGUUAAUUUUUCAGUCUUUAUAAGACCUAUGAACAGGUUGUGGUUAAUCUGUUGAGUUUAUACUGAAAGUUAAAGCUCUAGCUAAACACUUGAAAUUAAGUUUGUACCUUAGUAGUGCUUCUAAUUCACAGUUCUUAUGUAUUUAUAAUAUCGGGAAGAACAUGGUGAUGUUUAACUGUCUCUUAAUUUUUUUAACUCUGCGUGUUUAGAAGACAUGCAGAGGUUGCUCUUGUACGUCUGCUGAAUGUAAAGUGCCUUGCAGAACACAGAGAAGUUUAAUCUGAUGAUGCUUCAUUUCUGCCCUGUGCAGUGCGUUAUUCUGGUGAUUCAAACUCUGUCAUAAACUAAACUUUUUAAAAGCUAGGUGUUCUCAUGUUCACUAAUAAACUAACACAUUUAGUA